GAAAGGCGCUAUAUAAGUAUACGCCAUUUACCAUUUACCUGCAAUAUAGCAUAAAGGUAUGCUUGUGGUUUACAUCAAAGCAUUCAGUUUAGAAUAACACAGAAACUGGCAAGUUUGCAUAUUCACUGCAACACGAGUUGUGAGCCAAACGAAUUAUUAAUCCUUAAAGAGAGACAAAGACCCAAGAAAGUCUCAAAAGCUGAGGGAUGUGUUGUUGCAUCCUGGAAGUACUCCCAGCUGGGUUUACAGCAAUGUUACAAAAGAUUAGAUUCAAGGUUAUUACCACGAAAAAAGACAAAAAUCUCAAAUAAAGUAAUAAAAAAAUGUGAUUAUAUUUCAAUGGGUGUAAGUUACUGAGAGGAUUCUGGUUUGUUUUCAGUCGUGCUUUCUUCAUUUUUCUCCUGUGCUGUUUUCAGGUUUUUUGUGUUUUUGCCCUGUUACAGUCAUGCCAUGUGCUCAUUAGCCUAUCUGCAGCUGUCAUCAUUUUGGUUAAGGAUCCUUAAUGUAUUUGAGGCUAUGUCCAAAUUCUCUCCCUAAUCCAUAACUACAAAAAAAAAACUACAUGAUGCAGGGCUAUUUAGUGCUCUGGGUUUUAAAAGCAAUUCGGACACCAUGUUCACUACUAGUUUUUUUUAACGGCAAAUAUGAUGUCACUGAUUUCCCAACAUAAAAACCAAAUAAAUACAAACAUUUUACAAAGACUAGUUAUGAAUCCUCUGCGUCCUAAUGAUGAAAACAUGGAUGGUUUAAUUGAGAUUUUGUUUUUACAACAAUUGUUAAACUGUAAUGCAUGGUGGGUUAUAUCUGUCAGUCUGGAGAGCAUCAAUGCAAAAAUUUUGCAGAGACUUCUGAGAAAUUUCUUGGGCACUCGAUUUUGGAAUUAGUGGCUAUGUCCAAAUUUCAAAGGUUGCAAAGGCUGCAAGGCUUCAAUUUGGACACAGCGGGAGAUUCGGAUGGCACUGCAAAAUAGCGAACGCCCUAUAUAGAGCACUAUGUCGAGAGUAAUGAAGGAAUUUGGACACAACCUAAGAGGGUUUUUUUUUUUUAAAUUCAGCGUCUCAGUGAGUGUUAAUGGUUUUGUCAAGUUUAUUAGAGUUUCUAAAUCUCUGCCAGUAAGUAUACUCCUGCAUUUUGUGUUCUACACCAUCAGUUCCUGACCAUUACUGUUUUUAUUUAAUUCAGUUCUCUGAAAUAUGUCCUGCAACACUACAUUGAUUUAAUAUUUAAUUGUUGUUUUACAACUUUUGCUCACCUGUCCUUAAUUCUUCUAUCUUGUCUUUACAUAACAGUAAGGUGUAGGAGUUCUUUUUUCUUUCUGUUCUUCAUAGACUGUCUGACUCAGCUCAGCUGGUGUGCAGCCUCUCUCAAAAGUACCAACUACUGUGACGCAUUCAAAGACAACAGGAAACUUUGUAUUUGAGCGUUUUCUUAAACAUGAAGCAAUGAUGCAUUUGAUGUGUACUGAAUUGCUAUAAGAAUAAAUCUGACUGCUAUCUGCGUCCACCAUAGACCAAUCCCCUCAAAUAAAAUGAUUUAAUGCUACAUUCGUUAAGAUUCUAGGUUGACCCUUAUAGGUAGAAGAUAAUUGGGGUAAUAUGUUAUUUUAUUUAUGGGGCGUUUUACUGUCCAGGGUUAAGCUGUGUGUCGGAUUGUAUUAAUAUUGAGACAUUUACGACUGAGCGGAGGGUCCGUGAAGGCAGCGCUGCAGCCGCCAGAGGAGAAGCUGCAGCCUGACGAUGGUCGGCUGCGGAGACGGAUGGUCAGGGCCGUCCCCGUGUGUCCUCAACAUGCAAGUGUAACACCGCGUUCCCCCCUGGUCCUGCUGCAGAGCCAGGCUGCGCACCUUUUUUUUUUUUUUUUUUUUUAGUUUUUUUUUGUCCUCCUAAAUGAUGGACGACGACUGUGUUUGUGAAUACGACUCGACCUGGGACACAGAGAGUGAUGGAGACGACCCGGCCGGAGAGAGCCAGACCCGACGGUCAAACCAAGACAAAAACAAAUCUGCGUGGGCUAUAUGGCAUCACACCCCCAGAAAUAUGAGGGCAGCAAGGGACAUGCAGAACUACAGGAGAGGCUACCCUAAUCUGACGGAUGAUGAGUGCUCGGAGGACAAAAUGAAUAACUUGCAGUUUUAUCUCAAUAAGUUUCCCUCUGCUCCUGAUGACAUCUACAUUGACUCAUUCCUCAAAGAAUGGAGGAAUGACUACAAGCGACUGGAGAGGGUUCACUCCUACAUUCAGUGGUUGUUUCCACUCCGAGAACCAGGUGUGAAUUACAUGGCUUCAGAACUCACCAAAAAGGAGAUUGAGGAGUUUAGGAAGAAUGAGGUCGCCAAAAGGAGACUAGUGGAGUCUUAUGAGCUCAUGCUGGGCUUCUACGGCAUCCGUUUAGUUAACAAGGAGACUGGGGAGGUGAAACGUGCCGAAAACUGGAAGGAGCGCUUUGGGAACUUGGAGAGGAACAUGCACAACAACCUACGGAUCACUCGCAUCCUGAAAAGCCUGGGGGAGCUGGGCUUCGAGCACUACCAGGCCCCGCUGGUGCGCUUCUUCCUGGAGGAAACUCUGGUCAAGAAGACCCUCAGCAGCGUGAAGCGCAGCGUCCUCGACUACUUUUUGUUCGCCGUGCUUGACAAACAGAAGCGCCAGGAGCUCGUGCGCUACGCUUACCUCCACUUUGAACCAAAGGACAAGUUUGUGUGGUGUCCCAGAAAAAUCCAAAAACAACUUAGGAAAGCGGAGAAAAGGCUGGAGGCCGUUGGAAACGGAGACGGAAAGGAGGAGGUCCUUUCACGGGGUAAAAACAAAGAUGGAGACACAGGUGUACAGCAGAAAGAGGAGGGAGGGGAUAACAAGCCUCCAAAAGGAAGCGAUAAAAGUAAAGACAGGAGCAAACAGUCUGAGGCCUCAGCAGAGACCGAGCCAGUCGGAAACGGGAACGUUUCGAUUGAAUCCGAAAGUGAAUUAAGAAACGGAAACGACUCUUCUGAUGAUGUUCAUGAAAUGGAUCAGUCAGCCAGUCCUGACGUCGGGACAGCCCAGGUGGACCCCGGCGCGCAGAGACGCGCCACACAACAGGCCGACAGUAUGCAAACAGACGCCGACAUGGAAACGGAAAAAACCCCGAAAAAGAAAAAAGAAGACACGGUCCAGGCCAACAGCAUCAGCACUGCAGAGGACAGUCCCCAGAUGGAGGAAAAGGCAGUUUGUGUCACAGGUCAAACGAGUCCAUCUUUACAGACUCAAUCUAAAAGUUCCAAACACUCCCCUUCCCUCUCCUCCGAAAGGGAGGGGAAAAUCCCGCGAACUGAUUUCAGCCAGGCGCCGGUUAAGACGGAAGAGGAGGAGCCAUCACCAGGAAGUCCGUCAGAGACUAACCGGAUGAAAGGCAAGCAAAGCGUGGAAGAGAAAAGCAUCAGUGAGUCAGAGGAUGUGGAGAUGGAGUCCAACCAUUCAAGCUCAGAUCAAAAAGUGGAGAGUUCAUGACCACACAGGGCAAGCACUGGUGGAUAAAGGUUACACGGGGACAAAGUCAAUUCAAGGCCUUAUUUCUACUGUUCUUUAUGCUAAGAAAUGGAUCAUUUUCACUUUAAAGAAGGGAAAGACAGAAGUUAUUUGUUUGCCAAAUAUGAAAGGUACUUGAUGUUCAUCUUUUAGUUGCUUGAAAUUAGAUUUUUUUUUUACAUGAAACAAUUCUAAAAACAGACCAAAAAUAGACUUUAAAAUCUGAGACUUUUUUCUUUCCUGCCAUUUGAGCCGUUGUAUACUUGCUGAACAAUAUUUAACUAAAAGACUUGAUCUUAUAGUCAAGGAGGUCAUUGUUUAGUUAAAAUGACAUAUUUCCGUUAUUACCUUGAGUCUGGUUGGUUUUGUGAGGUUACGUGUGGAGUUGACUCUAAUAAGCUGCCGCUGUGGAUCAGAGGGCUCACAAACUGACUUCAGUCAUUGCUGCUUUUGUGUUUUUUAUGUUUUAAAAAAAGGUAAAUUAACUUAUUUUUUGAAAUAGGAGUGACAAAGAUUAAAAAGACAUGUUUACUAUUUCCACAGAACACAUGAAGCAUUUUGAAGAAUGCAUAUCAGUUGAAGGUUUCAGCCUUUGAAAGUCACUGGCAUUUAAGAUGUUUUAGCACUGAUCUCGUCCUCGUUUCCAUGUGAGCAGAGCUUCAUGCUGGUUUCUGUUCCUCCUUCAAUCCUGCUGUUCCACUAGAACCAAGGCGGGAUUCGGUUGAAAUUCGACGUGUAUUGCACAGUCUGCAUGUUGCCAGGCAGAUUCAGGAAACGGACAAGUGGGGGGAAAAACUGGAAGCCUCGCCAAAAAUGUGAAAAAACUGGUGAUUGUAAAAUGUGUUUGUUUUUCCCAAAAAAUCUUCAUUUACAGUCUGUGAAAGUGUUCAAACUGUAAAGAUGAUUGAUCUCUUUUGGGUUGUUUCUUUUUUGUUUUUGUAUUUGCACUUGAUUUCCUCUGUUUACUGUUAAAGUUACUGUAUUUACCUGAUAAGAUGCUACUUACUUUAUACAAGUUGUAAUGUUUUUCCUGCUACCUACCUGGCUGUUACGGAGCAAAAUAAAGUCAUCAUAUUUUCUGA